UUUAGUACUCUUAUGUCAAAAAUUCGUCGUCUGAAUUUUUCAAAAAGAUGGCGAGUUUCGAGAAAUUCGAACCCAUAUUUGGGGAAGUAGUACCCGAACGAUCGGAUCCGGGUACGGGUCUUCUCCGACGAUGUCUCUUCCACGUCUACGCUUCCGAUUCGUAUAACUUAACAGUCCAUGUCACUGACUUCGUCUCCGGCGUCUGGACGACGAUCCUCUCCGUCUCGAAGCUAGAUGAUAUGAGGGAUACUGUUGGGAUUGGUGGUUCGUGGUCUGAGUUCGUCGAUUAUACUGUAGCUUCUUUGAAAUCAGAUAAUGUGAAGCUUCUUCUCCUUGGAUCAAAUUCAGUUUCUAAUGGUGUUGAGAUUGCGCGAUUAGUUUCUCAGAAGGCCAAAGGAAUGCCUCGCAUAAUACUACCUCUAACAAAGAUGGUGGACUCAUCAUCUGCUGCUAGUGAGGCAAUGGCUAAUCUGUCUUUCGAGUUGUUCAGAGCAUUCAAGAGCAAGCAGCACCUACAAGGAGAAGUGAAUUCUUCAGCUGCAGCAAUUGAUGAAAAGGACAAGAGGGACGGUGGUACCGAUAACAAACUGGAACGAUACUUCUCUGGAAAGCUAGAUGUUAUGGCUCCAUCAACAGAUAACCAGCAAGACUCUCCCGCCAAGAAAUCUGCCCGAGAAGCUAACACAGCAAAACCUGUUAAACGAGUUCCUGCUCACCGAAGAACGCGUAAACGCGGUGCUCUUCUGCAGGAUUCAGAAGAAGAGGACGGCUGAUUGGAACAGAACAUAAUCUUAGACGACACUUUAAAUCCAUCAUCAGCUCUUAGUAACACACUGAAUCGCCUGGGAUGUAUGCUUAUGCUGAUGAUAAUUUCUCAGGUCCUAAUUUCUCCUCUUUUGGUGAUUCGAUUAUGUAAAAAGAAUCUGUAAGGGCAACGUAGAUUCCUUGUGGACACAUACUAUAAGCAAUUUUUGAAAGAUGAAAUAGAAAUAAAGUUGAAUCUUCCUUAGUAUCAUUUAUUCAUUCAUAUCUGCUGUUUCCAAUUAUAUGAACUAAACAUUUACACCACAUACCAGUUCAGACCAAUACAAAUAUUAUACAGUUUCAGUUGUGUCUCAGAAAUAUAGAUUCUCCUCUUCCAUAGAUUCUCUAACUGCCUUCAAAAUCCAUGGCUUGAGUUCCUUGGUGGUAACUAUGAUCCCUGUCUCGUGAGCAAGAUACUUUCCUUUCGAGAAGUCUAGAGAUUUGCCUGCAGCAUCGCACACUACGCCUCCAGCUUCUGCACAAGGCCAACAGUUUUUUGCAUUGAAAAGGGUUUUGUACCUGUGGUGAUGAUUGAACCAGGAGCAUGGUCCCAUAUACACUCGCGGUAUCCACUGAGCGUGAAACGCAAGUAUAUUUCUGCGUCUCCUCGGGACAAAGCUGCAUACUUAGCUUGGCUAUCGAUCCUUACAGCCUACAUAAGAGCAGACUGUGAUAGAAAGAAUAAAGAUAUUACCUUUGCAAUGGUACCAUGGAUGAGAAUUGGUUUAUGACAAUUGCAGAUUUAUCAUGGUUGAGCUUUGGAUAGGUAAAUGAUACCUUCUGUGGCGGAGAAUUUCCUUUGAGAGGUUGCACGUAAGUCCCUGAACCCGUUGUAGCAAA